AUGAUGGAGACAACUCGGAAACGCAAAUUCGACUGUUCUAAUGUGUAUGUUUUAAUCAAGAUUUGCUCUUUUAGUCUAAUCUAUUUCAGUGCAGUUGUAAGUCUCAGCGGCGAUGACACACAACUCGUGGACGAAUCUCAAUUUGAUGUGGAUUUGGCUCCUCGAAAAACCUAUGGUCGUUUAGUGGGAAUGAAUCGUGGUGUGAGUACCAUAGGUUUGGAAUAUUUACUUUAUUUCAACUUGUUUUUUCUUCAGACUUACACGAAGAGAGUUUCAUUUGUGGUAGAGGAGGAAUCGGGUUUCCCGUCAACUAUUCAUUCACCGGACUGAUUAAAGAUAACACAAUAUACAAGUACAUAAGCAAAAAGCAGUUUUUCAUUACGAGAGUAAGUAAAAGCUUCUGGAAUAAUUUUGAAAGCCAAAAAAAUAACAAAAAAGUAUGAUUGACUAGUGUAGAUGAUUCUUAGCAUAAUAUUUUUAUUUUAGUUAGUUCAAAAUUUGACGAAAAAAAAUAAAGUUUUCAGGACUACAAGAGCGAAAAAACGACUUUAACUGAUACUUCACGCAACGGGACUUUGGUGAACCAGGAAAUGGUGGGACUGAAUAAAACCGUUGAGUUGGUCACUGGCGAUGUCAUAAGCAUAGGAACUCCCAAAAUGAUAGGAACGUGGUUCAUUUGUGAUUUACAUUGAAUGAAAAGUUUCAGUUUUCGUUUACCAAGACGUUUUGAGUGAAACGUUCCCAGAAGAGCUUUCGAAGAAAUAUAUAAUGACGAAUCAUUCUCUCGGCAAAGGUGGCUAUGGAAAAGUGAGUAUGCAUUUGAGCCUUUUUAUUAGGAAUCAUUCAGUUUUCUAAUGUUAUCCAAUUUACGGUGACAUAUCCGAAAUGAAAGUUUUCGGAGAAAGAAAAUAAAAAAUCUCUAUAAAGUUGCUUUUCAGGUUUUACUAGCGUAUACGAAAACUGAGCAUCGAUGCAUGGUAAUCGGAAUGAUAGACAUUUUUAUUCAAAAAUUGUGACUUUAGGUUGCUGUGAAAGUACUCAACACCUUGGAUUUCCAAUCUAGGUGCAGUCGGGCUCUGGCAAAAACGAAAGAUAUCAACAAUGAGGUGGAAGUUAUGUUGCAUGUCAACCAUGUUAGUUUGUAUCAAAGUUUCCAAAAGAUUGGUGAAACAGGCGAACUGUAUCCGAAUUUUCGAUUGGAUCAACGUUUCUGGAAGGUCUUUUUUGGUUCUAGAAUACGUGUCUGGCGGCGAGUUUUUCGAAAGAAUAGUUGAUCCAAAGUACGAAAGACAGGUAUUGUUGAGCUUGUGUCUAGAGACGAUGAGGAUUAUAGGGACUGGGAGAUACUCUCGGAAAAUAUUACUCCUAUCAGCUUCUCAGUGCGAUCGCGGUGAGUUUCUGAGUCGAAUGAUGAAAAAUGAUUUUCUUCCUUAGUAUCUCCAUGGUCGUCAAAUUACUCAUCGUGACAUCAAACCAGAAAAUAUCCUAUGUGCGAGUGCAGCCGAGUACACAAUUGUGAAGGUAAAUUACACUUAAUUUUGUGUCUUUGAAUUCCUAAAUAUUCGUGAAGAGAAAAAUUGGUCAGGGUAUUAAAAAGGUUUGAAAAAAAAGUUUGCAAAGUCAAAAAAAAAAAAACCAAACUUAAAUCAACGAAUAAUUAGAUUUUUAAAAUCUCAUUUAGCUAACGUCCUCUAAAUGAACAGCUGGGUAGCCUUAGUCAGAAAAAACAAUCUUCGUACUUCUUACCUCACCUUUUUUUUAGGUAUUCAUAAAAGUUAACAGGGGGCAAAAAUGAGAAUAGUCUCUAAAAAAAACUCUUCAUGCUGUUGAUUAUUGUGCACUUGCGAUUAUAGGAAUCCGGUUUAUUCGUUUAAAACAUGUCUUUCAAUUCUGUUCGAAAUAACUUCAGGAAAGUUUUGCGAGACUAGUAGACUUAUAAAAAGAGUAGAAUGAAGAAAAAAAUCAUCGAUUUAAUUGCGAUUCUUUCAAAACUUUCGAAACAUAGGGAUGGAUUUGUGUUUGGAUUCAAUUAUUAAAUCUUUCAAUUACAGCUCUCUGACUUCGGGAUGGCGAAAGCGAAAAACGCUAUGAAGACUCAUUGCGGCACUCCAUCUUAUAUUGCGCCCGAAGUGAACGAUAAGGAAAGGAACGAAUACACACCGAAAGUCGACGUGUGAGUUGAUAUCAGAGUUAAUGGAACGGAAACGAUCAUCAGCUGGAGCCUGGGAUGUGUUCUGUUCACUGCUUUUGUUGGCUAUCCGGCAUUCAGCGAGGAUUACAACGACAUGACCAUGGCCGAACAGGUCAGAACUGGUAAUUAGAAGAGUUUCUGGCCGCAAGACUUUUUCUAAUUUCAGGAAGACUUAUUUUCCACGCUCAAUGGAGGCGAAUUUCUGCGGAAACUAAAAAAGCGAUCACUCAAAUGCUGACGGUUGACGUAAGGGACGCAAAUUGUUGUUGAAUAGUUUUGGGGUAAUUUAAGGUUGCGAAAAGACCCAGCGCCAGUGCUUUGCUCAACAGUUCUUGGAUGCAAGGACCAGAAGCGGAACGCGCAAAACGAGACGUUGCAGCACAUGUUGGCGUUUUGAUGAAAGUGAGCGAUUAAUUCAACAAAAGAGCCUUUGAGAUGAAAUGAAAAUUAUAGAGGAGUAAGCUGGAGUAGUCGCCGUCCACGUGGACUGCAUGCCAGAUUUCCUUCUCGUCUGCAUAUUUCCGUCCUUGUUCCUUCACCUCCGAGCUUUAGUUUAAUUCUCGAGCUUUCAAAUUAGUUUUAACGCACUACCGCCUUCGGGCUGUUUUAAAGCUUCUCAAGUUGACAAAACAUUAAAUAUUUAUUUUUGUAGUUUUUUUUCUCCGAUCUCUGUAAAUAUUAUUGUACCAUUGUAAUAUCCUGUGACAUUUUUCGGCUCCAAUGAAUUUGUUUUCUCCAUUAUACGGCUCAUUUUUCUUCUAUCCAGUUGUUUUAGCGGCUAUUUCAAGACUGUUCAGAUAUUUUAAUGUUGAGUUAGAUGAAUGCGAAAGUGGCAGUUUUUUGCAAAAAUAAUUCAAUCCUCUGGAGGAUAUCUCGGAACUUGUCCAGUGCGGCUGAAGCUGUUGGCAAGCAAUCCUAUUCCAAUUCCAGGCCAUCUGUUUUCGAGGUAUUUUUCGGUUAUUUUCAACAGGAGUUUAGCUAUAGCUCAAAAUGGUUUUAACGUUCUAUUUCAAAAAUAUCUUCUUUAUUCACACAUUUUCCACGUUUUCAAUUCAGUUAGAUGGGAGAACCUACGAGACGGACGAAAACUGGAAUCUGUCGCCAGCUGCUCUGAAGUUGCUCCAACGACGGCUGCUCUUCGAAAAGGCGAAUCCUCUGUCUUUGCUCAAAAGCAAACUCAUCGAUUUUGUUCAUUCGCAAUACAGAAAACCAGGUAAAACGCUUUCUUGAUAGGGAAACUGUUUCCGAAUAGGUUAUUUUUCGACCAGGGAAGAAUAAUCUUUGGAAUUUGUAUAUUUCAAUCAACUUUCCAGGCGGGAGGUCGCCUUUAUACACGAUUUGUGAGAAUGAGCCUCGCAUAGUCACAACUUAUGACAAUUUCGAUUCUCUGCUGACUCCAGCCGACCAUGUGUCUCGGUGGGUUCAGCAUUCUUUACAAAGCACGGAGUAUAAAAGAGAAAUUUUUGUGACUUCAAAACCGACCUUGGUUACUUUUUUGCGAGGGUGGAAAAUUUAAAAGCUACUAACUUGUUCGAUGUGAAAUCUCUGUUUUAAAACAAUUAGAACUGUUUUUUGCUAGUGAGAUUUUGAUAAAGUUCUAAAACGUUGAAAACCAUGUAAUUUAGUCUUCAUUUUUUCAUCAGUCUUUACUAAGAAAGUUCAAUUCCAGUCGUCCUUCGGACACCUACUACAUCAACGCCGAACAUUGCCUCCGAGCCCACACUUCUGCCCACCAACACUCGCUGAUGAAGCAAGGACUCGACGCGUUUUUGGUCAUCGGAGACGUCUACCGGAGAGACGAAGUUGACAGAACCCAUUACCCAUGUUUUCAUCAAGUUUCCUCAAGUCCUUAACAGAUCAGAUAAAACCGAGAAACUCUACAGGUGGAAGGCGUUCGGCUCUACUCUCCCGGACAACUGCUUGGAGAGAACUCCGAAACGAAUUCUUUGUUGGUCCCCUCUGGAAGCGGCGUCAGGACCCCCGGAAAGCAGGAAACUCACGCCGAAGACGCGGCCAAGGCUAUCGAAAUCGAACUGAAGGCGACGCUCGAGGUUUCCAGAAAACUUCGCGUCAUUUGUUCAUUUCAACUCAGAACCUGACCGACCACCUUUUCGGACAAAAAUGCGAGAAACGCUGGGUUGAAGCUUAUUUCCCCUUCACGCAUCCUUCAUUCGAACUGGAGGUAUCCCUUUUUUCAAAUUAUGGUCGAGAAAAAAUAAUUGACAACCUUUGCAAAAGUUCAGAAUAUUUUGUUAUCCAGAUAUUUACGAAUCUAUUUAUUUCAAAGCUCGUGUUUUACUCGGAGAAGUUCGAAAGAAAUAGGAUGAAUAGGAAUGAAUGAAUAGGAGUUUCACAUAACUUGAGAAAAUUUAGAUCUUCGUCCGCAAUAUUGUAAUUUAUAUUCAAAGACGUUAUAAUUCAUUAUUUAUUCAGAUUUUCUACAACGACAAGUGGUUGGAAGUGCUCGGCUGCGGAGUUAUGGAGCAAAAGUUGCUCAAUUCAUGUGGGAUAAAGGACAAAAUCGGGUGGGCCUUCGGAAUCGGUUUAGAGAGAAUAGCGAUGGUCCUUUACUCAAUCCCGGAUAUUAGGUUUGAAUUAUUUCUCAGUCCUUUCCAUUCUCUUUUUAAGACUGUUUUGGAGCAAAGAUUCUGGGUUUUUGUCGCAGUUUGAAGGGAAAACUCUUCACGAAGACAUCACCUACAAACCAAUCAGCUCCCACCCUCAGGCAUUUUCAAUGAAAAUGUAUUUUCUCAAGCUAAAUUUCAGGUCAUUUUCGAUAUUUCUUUUUUCCUCCCGCCAAAUGUGCAGUUCAAUGACAUGACUUCUAAUGUCUACGACACGAUCAGAAGUAUUGGCGGAGAGUUGAUCGAACAGGUGGAGAAUAUCUUUCGAUCGUAUCAAAACAUUUCUUUGAGGUUUCGUUGACGGACGAAUUUGAAAACGCGAAAAAAGGAAAGAAAAGUCAAACAUAUCGCAUUGUCUACAGAAGCAACGAGAAAGCUUUGACUAAAGAUGAGGUAGCCAUUUAUUUUUUUAUUGAAAGAAAUUAUAUGGAAUUUCUUUUGCUUUAUGGGAUUAUAAAAGUUUCAAGGAGGAGAAUGUAUUGAUUGCGGACCUAAGGCUUAUUAAUGUUUUUCCGCCUUAAGCAUUUUUUUGUUUGAUAACUUUUAAAGGGGUCUGGGUGAACGUUUAAGAAAAUAAAAACCGGGAACAUUUUGCAGAUGCCAUUUACUCUUAUUUUACAUGUCAGAAAGAUUCAAUACACGAGAAAAAAAAAUUAAAAAUUUAUGAAGCUUUGUAAAGUUCCUGAGGGUCAAGUUCGAUAAAUGGAUGGGAGUUCGAUUGCCUUCAAACUUUUUUUGGCAUCUUCAAACGAUCCUCGAGAGUUAUUUAUUUCAGAAAAAAACAGCAACUAUAUUAUAAGAUAGUAUUGAAAUUUAUAAUUUCUAUAAUACCAGUUUUUUUCUCUACAGUGAAGGCUUCGAAUUUUGGAGUUUCUACGCGACUGCUAAUUAUCUUUUUCUUUGGUCGAAGUUAAUUCCUUAAAGUUUUCCAACUUUUUUUGUAUAGUUGAGCGAACAUUUAAUGGAGAUCGGUUUGAUUUUCAUUGCCUGUUUUUGUGAUAUCAAUAAGAUUUUUUUGGGCAAAACCUUUGAGCUCGGAAAAUAUAUCAAUUUCAGGUCAAUUUGAUUCACAAGGACAUCGAACGGCACUUGUCCGAGAACUUUAAUGUGGUUUUGCGAUGAUCGGCCAGAACAUUUAGUCGGUGUAAUCACCUCAUAAAUGAGUGAUUAUGAUGAAUCUGCGCGCUGUAAUCCGAGCCCCUCCCUCUCUUUUUCUACGUGUAGCCUUCCCUUCCAUUCAUGUCCUCUCCUUUUUCGGAGGGUUCUGCCCAUCAUUGUUGAAAAGUUGUCGACUCCGAAGUGAUCCCACCGAAAAAGAAAUACGAGCUGUCUCGCUUGUUUAUUUCCUCCUUUCCCCCUAUCGAUUCCGCUCAUUUCAAAUGGCUAGUCCGUUCUCUUUUGUUGAUUUUGUUGUUGUCAUAACAUUUAUUGUUUUCUAGGAUAUUAAAAUUUUAUAGGCUUUUGUUUUGGAUUCUUUUAUUUCUAGGGCUUGAAAGCCUUGAAUAUUUCAACACAGUUUGAGGUCACUUUUUUCAAAAAGACCCAGUUUUUGUAGAUGGAACGGAAAAGGAUCUAAAUCUAGCAGACAUUUGACUUUUUCUAUCUUUCCGUGGAGCCCGAGAGCGUCCAGAAAAGGUUCGUUCUUUCAGUAUUCUCAGAAGGCUUCAACCCAGGAUAUCGGAUUUCCCGUAUAUUUCUGGCGCCUUUUGCACUGCUGCGAUUGACAUUCCAUUAGUCGCUCUCUCCAUAUUCGGCCGAUUUCAGUCUUUCGCCUGGAAAAUGCGGCGUUUUCCACGGCUUCGGUCGCUGGUCGCCGUCGUCAUGUUGUGUUGGUUUGGCGGCGUCGGCUACAUCCUUCUCAACAUGUCAAGUCGCGAAGUCAAGGUCCGAACUUUCUUUUUCCGGUUCAGAGGUCAUCAAACUUCUGAACAGACAUAAAGUAGUUGAUAAAGGAUCUCUUUUGAUUUUUUUUUGUUUUUGAGCUUUUUUCUGUCACUGUUCGAAGGAAUUGGGAAUAAAAUGGUCUUAUAGCAUAAAUUGAAACACAUUUGAAAAAUUAUUUUUGAAGCAUUUACUGCAACGUGAAUUUUUUUUUUCAACCGCUCAGCAAUGAAUUUGAUAUGCAUAUUCUGCAAAACUCCAAUGAAUCUAGAAAAGAUUGGUCGGAUAAAUUUUUCCCCUAGCCUCAUCCUUCAGGAAAAAAGUACUGUAAGGUUUAGGAAGAAACGUUUGGCAAGCUUCAAGAGUUUCCUACCUUCAUUAAGAUAUAAUUAUCAAAAAAUCUUUGAAUCUAGGGCAGUGAACAGGGAGGCAAGCUCGUAGUUAAGCCCACGAUUCGGCCGAAGCCUUUAUUUUUUCCUACUACAGCCGAUCCCUGGUCUUCGAUUGAUGUCAUGAGUUUGUUUCUACGAUUUUGUUUUGAAAUAAUGGAUAUUUCAAGAGAAUACGCUCAUCCAUUCGAGGAACGGCACAGGAGUACACUGGACGAUUUUCGACACGAAAAAGUUCAUAUCCAAAGGAGCUUUGGCUAAAGGAGAUGUUCGUUUUGAAAUAAAUACUCUUUUUUCAAUCAGAUUUUAGGAAUAAGCGGUUAUGAUAAAAAAAAAGUGCUCCUCUAUUAUUGACAAAAUCUUAUAAUUAUAUGUUUUCCGUUUCACAAAAUUAAUCAAGUUCAUUCUCAGGAUAAAUAUCGAGCUAACUCAUUCAACCAAGAAGCUUCCGAUUCGAUUUCUCCUAAUCGAUCUAUUCCCGAUAGUCGCGAAGCUGUGUAUGUUUUCUCAUUUUCUCUUCUUUGUCACAAACGAAAUCCGCUUUUUCAGCUGUCGGCCGUUGACUUUUCCUUCGGAACUCAAUGCUACAAGUGUCAUUGUCACUUAUCACAACGAAGCGAGAUCCGCCCUUUUGAGGACUAUUUUCAGUAUCUUCAGACAGUCUCCGGAGCAUCUGAUCACGGAAAUCAUUCUUGUCGACGACUUUUCUGAAGAUUGUAGGCUUCCGAAAAAUAAGCUCUCUAGAAUAUGAAUAUAAUUUCCAGUUUCUAUGGGACAGGAACUCGCUCAAAUCGCAAAAGUUGUAGUCCUUCGCAACACGAAACGUGAAGGUACUUUGAAGAAGAUGCGUUCAACUUUUUUUCAUUAAAAAUCUUAGUAGUUCACUUUUUUUUUGCUUUAUCACAAAAGCUUUAAAUAAAAAUGUUCUGAAGGAAAUGAAGAAAAAAUGUCUCAGUAUAAUUUUGGCAAAAAUAUUCCAACACCGAUAUUUGAAGGCCUGAUCCGCUCUAGAGUCAAGGGGUCCGUUGUGGCGAAUGGCCGGAUCCUCACUUUCCUGGACAGUCACAUCGAAUGCAACGUCGUCUGGCUUGAGCCCCUUCUUGCCAGAAUCGCAGAAGUCCGUCGUCCCAUCAGAGUCGCAAAGGAAUAAAACUCUUUCAGAGUCCAAAAAGCGUCGUCGCUCCCAUCAUUGACGUCAUCAACGUCGAUAACUUCAACUAUGUUGGGGCGAGCGCUGAUUUGAGAGGAGGUUACAGAAAAAAGCCUCUUUGUUCUAUUUUUUAGUCCAGGCUUCGACUGGAGUUUGGUUUUCAAGUGGGAGUUUUUGAACGGUAAACUUCGCGAUGAUCGUCACGCUCAUCCUACUGCGCCGAUAAAGUUGAAAUAAAAUGAGAUUUCGUAAGAUUUCAUAUUAUUUUCAGAUCUCCGACAAUGGCCGGCGGACUUUUCUCGAUUUCGAAGGAGUGGUUCGAAGAACUGGGCACCUACGAUUUGGACAUGGAAGUUUGGGGAGGAGAGAAUCUUGGUUGGGGAUUGAUUUGCCGCAGCCGAAUUCAUUUCUUCACAUUUCAGAAAUGUCUUUCCGUGUAUGGCAAUGUGGCGGGACUCUGGAAAUCCUUCCAUGUAGCCGAGUGGGACACGUUUUCCGCAAGAAACACCCUUACAGCUUUCCUGGAGGCUCUGGCAACGUUUUCCAAAAGUUUGUUCAUACUUGACUUGGAAUUUGAAGAAAUAAAAGAUAUAGUCCAUCCAAAUUUGAACUUUUUUUCAUUCUUGACUUUCUGUUUACAUAUCAAAUCCACAAUACUUUGAUUUCCAUACAGACGACCAUUCACAACCUUUUUUUUCAAACCAUCACUUUAUUUUCGCAUCAUCGGGACCUUUCUAAAUAUCCCCUUAUUUUCUUAUCCAAUCUGAUUUUCAAGAAAUACUCGUCGUGCCGCAGAAGUCUGGAUGGACGAGUACAAGUCAAUUUAUUUGAAAAAUGUGCCAUCGGCGCGAUUCGUCAAGUUUGGAGAGUACGUCUUGUUGUAAAAAGCUCUUUCAUAAAAACUUGUUUUAGCAUUUCGGAGCGACUCGCCAUCAGAGAAAAGCUUCAGUGCAAGUCUUUCUCCUGGUACCUGAAGAAUGUUUAUCCUGAACUCGAGUUUGUUUCAACAAGUAGUUCAACUAAUAAUUUCAAAUUAAGCGUUCCUCAACGUGACUCCGGAGAAGCCUAUUACUUGAAAUUCGGACAAAUGUGUUUGGAUUCAAUGGGAAGAAAAGAAGGCGAAUCUCCCGGUCUCUACGUCUGUCACGGCACCGGCGGCAAUCAGGUUAUUCUUAAAACGAAAACAAAAAAAAAAAGAAAAAAACCAGAAACAAAUUUUGUUGUGAAAUUUGACGUGAGAGUGCGUCGAAGUGUGCAUUCACCGCGUUGCCGCACCAACGUGUCUCUUUAUAGAAAUAAAUGGAGGUCGACGUUUUUCUAACAGUUUCAUUCAUUUUUGCUUAAUUGGUUUUUUUUUAAUCCUUGCAAAGAAAUGUUCUUAUAAGUAUUUUUUGUUCAAAGUUCAGUAUUUGGAUGUUCAAAGGCGCUGACAUCUUCCAUAAUUUAAUGUAACAUUGAAAACAAACUUUCUUCUCUUUAAGUCUAUAAUUUUUUUACAUUUUUGCAAACAUAAAAGCAGGGAUUUCGAUUUCCGAAUUCGCCAUAUUUAUUGGUCCCACGUUAAAGUUCGAAUUUUCAAGUCCGAAAACUACUUUAAACGCUAAAGUUGUUCAAUUUUGCUCUGUAUUUGAAAUUUAAAUUUCAGUUAGGGUGAUUUGUUAAGGCGCUUAGGGAAAGUGAAAAAAAAUAUUCUAAAACGUUUUUUGUAGGAAUGGGUCUUCGAUUCUGGUCUCGGCCGUUUCAAAAGCGUUACGAGUCGUGUUUGUCUUACAUUCGAGGAUGAGGAGGUUGUCUUGAAAAAAUGUGACGAGGUUAAUAUUUCUUUCUUACUCUUUGAAUUUCAAGCUCCUCUUCCUGGAGAUCUUUUUCAUUCGGCUAUUUUUUCCAGGUUCGCACUCCGUUCAAGGUGAUGACGACGGAAGGCUGGUUGGUGCAAGGAGGAAAGUGUCUCGCUGCCGUACAAGUCAGUAUCUUUUUCUUUUCAUUCUAGUUUCCUCCAGGAUAUCUUGAUUAACUCUUUAUUCUGAUUCUUAUUGGUGUCUAUAGAACAUGAAAUUACGAACAGUAGCUUUUGUUGAAUUAAAAAAAAUAUAUAAUUAAAUCAGGGGAAACAUCUUGAAAACAUUAGAGUGUGCCUUUUUUAGCCGUUCUCAUAAAUAUGUGCCGACGCCGCUCAAGCGGUACAAAGGCGUAAGAAGAAGAAGAAGAAAAGGUAUUAAAAAAACAAAAAAAGUUCAAUUUUUUUACUUAUUUUUUUACUGUGAAUUCAUAAAUAGUUCAAAUCUUCCAUUUUUGUUGCACAUAAUGUUUUUUUUUAUUUUUAUUUAUUUAUUUUCUGACUAUUCAUGGAAUUACAGACGGAAUCUGGAGAUUGGCAGUUGAGCGCUACGAAUUGCAUCGUCAGCUCCGAAAAACAGAAAUGGACGUUCCAAAAGGCUGCCAUUUUUUCUCAAUGAGUUCCUCUGUUUGUUUUUUGUUUUUGUUUUUAUAAUUUAUAAUCACCUCUCCAUCAGUUUGAGAUUCGAAUUAUGUAUUGCAUGUAGCUUUUUUUUUUUGAAUUAUUAGGUUUCUGUGAUAUCAGAUUUUUCAUGACUUUCAUCUUUGUUUUUAUCAUUUUACUUAACCAAUUUUCGUGCCUUUUUUUCGCUUGCCAUAUUUUUAAUAUUACGGAGUUAAACACCUUUCCAUGACUUUUUUCAUCUUGCUUUAACUUAAAGUUGCCAUUUUGUGUGAAUUUUGCCAUUUAUAACGUUUCGUUCAGUUCAUUCAUCUCUUUUAAUAAAUGUAUUAUAUCUAUUAUUUUUUUCAUUGAGAAAUAUUCAUUUCCAUCGUUAAAGUCGAUAUGAUCUUACCUAAUUCGAUGGAGAUUUUUCCUCUUUCCAUGAUUCAAACUUUUGAGAAUGCGUCUUCUUAUUCUGCUGGCCGUUGUGUGCUAUUCUCAAGCGUUGUACUUCCACAUCGCAGAGACUGAGAAGAAAUGUUUCAUCGAGGAAAUUCCGGAUGAAACUAUGGUUCAUCAAAUUCUGGAUUAUAUACUCAAUUGAUUAUUUUCAGGUUACGGGUAACUAUAAGGUUCAACUAUACGAUCCUAACACCAAAGGAUACGGUGACUACCCUAACAUCGGAAUGCACGUCGAAGUCAAGGAUCCCGAUGAGAAGGUAUGAUUCGAGAUUUUAACGUUUUGAAAGGAACUUUGAGGCUUAUAUAUAAUGAGUUGAGAUUACAAAGAAUUCUUAGUUUAAUUUGGUCUAUUUCAUCGUGUUUUGAAUCUGAGUUUGUUCUUUCGAAUAGAAAAAAUCUCGAAACUGCAGAUAUUUGUUGAAGAGAAUUCUUUGGAGAUAAAAUAGAAAAUUUUUUGGAAUAGCCUCACCGUGAUUUUUCAGUAACUUUAUUUUAAUGAAAAAUUUUUUUCAGUUAGCUGAAAUGACUGAGAAAUUUCAUAAAUGAAGUGGAUAAGCCACAUCGAAAACUCGUUUUUGGAGCUUUCGAGUUAUCUUUUUCGAUCUAGUGACGAAUCUUCUUUCAAAAUAUUCAUUGAACAUAUUUGAAUUGAGUUGAACAUUUUACGAAGCUUCAAAAAAUGGAAGUUUUGGCCUAAACUCACCUUGUCUAACGCGUGAUUUUGAGGUGAUCCUGUCCAAGUUGUACACGGCGGAAGGCCGUUUCACUUUCACUUCUAAUACUCCUGGAGAGCACGUCAUCUGCCUGUACUCGAACAGCUCGUCGUGGUUCAGCGGAGCGCAGUUGCGCGUCCACCUCGACAUCCAGGCCGGCGAGCACACCCAGGACUACCAGCAGGUUUUUCACCCUUUUUUGGUUUUUUUGGUUUUAGAUAUUGCAAUAUUUAGUCACAUAGAUGGGCAAGUACAGAACUCUUACUGCCCGGAGGAGGGGUUUUCCUUCAAAAAAUUUGGAAAAUUAGAGAAUAAAACCAAGUUUCAACCUCCGAGAGGUGAUUUUGCCCACAAUAAUACGAGUUUUAGCCCCAGGGAGAUAGUAUCAACUUUUAUUUAGAAAAACUUCAGAGGAGGGGUUCAGAACGGUCUGCCCAUUUGUGCUUAGUUACUUCACCCGGCUAUUUUUUUUUCAAAAAUUUCACCUCACUUUAACCUUAGAACCAUUCUCGUGUUCUUAGAUAGCCGCCAAGGACAAACUCAACGAGUUGCAACUGCGCGUUCGGCAGCUUUUGGACCAAGUCGAUCAGAUCACAAAGGAGCAGAACUACCAGCGUUACAGGUUCAUCAAUUUCUCAUUUAAUUUAUUUCCUUCCUUUUUUUUCUCGCCUCUCAAAUUGAUAUUUCAGAGAAGAACGUUUCCGACAGACCUCCGAGUCGACCGAUUCUCGAGUUUUUUACUGGUCACUUGCUCAGGUUUGGCUUUUCUUUUACUUUCUUGAGCUUAGAAAAAUAAACUUUGAAUGUAAAAUGUCAGUAAAGUCAGAGAGAGAUAGGAUUGAUUGAUUUUUCAGAAAUCCCUUUUUUUCAUUGAGAAGGAAACGAUUGUGGUUCAAGUUUUUGCUAAAUUUUUCUUCCUUCAAAAAAAAUUUUUUUUCGUUGUUAAUUUUUUUAAAUUUAUUUGUUUUUCGAUUAUAAACAUUCAUUUUUUUGUUGCUUUAUGAAGCUACCGAAACUUACCAUCCAGUUUGACUUAAAAAGUUAAAAAUUUUUUUCCAGGCUCUUUGUCAUAAUAAUAAUAAGUUUUUUUCAAAAAGAGAAACGCGGCCAUCAAGCUAUUUAAUUUUUUCGAACUCUUCAACAACAAUUUUGAAAGUAACUUCUUAUUUAUGUCGUGUUCAAAGUGAUUCCGCGAAACAAAUAAGCCGGAGAUAUAUUUUUGCAUUUCGCUGAAAUUAUUUCGAACACGGAAUACGAAAAAUAAACUUACGCCCUUAAAUUUUUGCUGAUGAUUUUCGAAAUUUCUUUGAACUCCGUUGUUUUUGAAAGUAGAUAAAUGAAAAGUUCUCGUUAUUUUUUCCGCAUCAAGAAUAUAUCUUGUGAGCAAUAAAAAGUUCGAAUUCAUUUCUUUCAGAUCGUCGUUUUGGCCGUGACGGGUUGGUGGCAGAUGAGACAUCUUCGCGGGUUCUUCGAGGCCAAGAAAUUGGUUUAA